CGACGAACACCCCUCAUACCACUCCUAAACGCCUCUGAUAGCGCUCAACUCUGAACUCUAAAUACAAAAAAGAAUAUUCACUAAUACACUCACUCUACACGACCCUCGUCUUUCGCUGAAAUGCCUUCAGGGCGGAAACGUCGCGCUGAAGCGCAAGAAAAUAACAACGACGCAUCGGAUUCCGGUCUAGUGAACGACAUCCCCGAACGUAACCCGCAGCGUCGUCGCCACUCUGACGACGAGGACGACGAGUCCGUUUCAGAUGCUGCGGACGGAGACCACCGCGCACCAAGCAGUCUAGAUGUCAUGGUCAAGAAAAUGGUACGAUUAGCAAUAUCAAGCGAAUUUGCGCGUCUGCCGAUUCGAAGAACGGAUAUUAGCGCGAAAGUGCUCGGUGAGCAAGGCUCGAGACAGUUCAAGCUGGUGUUUGAUGAAACGCAGCGGGUGCUGCGUAGUCGGUUUGGGAUGCAAAUGGUGGAAUUGCCGGCGAAAGAGAAGGUGACGAUUCAUCAACGAAGAGCUGCGCAACGAGUUGAGAAACCAUCUGCGGCUUCCAAGUCGUGGAUCGUGAUAAGCACCCUCCCCUCUGCAUUUCGCGCGCCGGAUAUUCUACCCCCGUCAAAGGCGCCAUCGUCGUUUACUGAGAGUUCGUAUACGGCACUGUAUACGUUCCUGAUCUCAAUCAUCACGCUCUCCGGUGGUUCUAUUCAAGAGCAGAAACUAGACCGAUACCUCCAACGCACCAAUACCGACCAAUACACACCAGUCGAUCGCACAGACCGUCUGCUGCAGCGGAUGUGCAAGGAAGGCUACCUCGUUCGAAACAGGGAGAUGGAUGGCGGUGAAGAAGUGAUUGAGUAUAUGGUGGGACCUAGAGGGAAGGUCGAGGUGGGUGAAAGUGGUGUUUCUGGAUUAGUCCGGAAGGUCUUUGGACGACAAGCACCCAACGAUGCCGCGGAGGACGAUAUAGUUGACGAUAGUUUCGAGGCCAAACUUGCUCGAAGUGUGCGCGAGGAAGAAACAAUGCUGGUCGGAGGAAUAUGCGAAAUCGUGUUGGAGAUGACGAGGAUGGUAAUUACAGAGUGCCUUCGACACCCCCAAGUUCUCCGUUCUGCACGCCCGUACCAAUCCUCGCGUUCGCUAUCCAGUUCCCACGCUGCCCCUUCAACCACCAACCCCCUUCGCUCUGCUCAAUCCAAAAAAGCGCAGACAUCCCAGGCACAAAAUGAAGCCAUUUCGCAUUACCGACGGCGCAUGGCGCUCUCUGCGGCUGGAAUUGUGGUGAGCGCAAUCGGGUUAUACACGACGAUAAAAAUGAACCCAUUCGGACUCCCCAAAGCAAAUAAAGAUGAGAACCAAGAGGAGACUGAUAAAUCCUCCCCGCCGAUUAACAACGGUAAAAUCAAGCUCGACGGACCAGCUGAGUUCCCGAGUAGUCCCUCUGUGAUCCGUAUCCAGGGUCAAGACGGCGUGGAGCAGGUCGAGACGGGGAAUAGCGCCGUGCCGCUAUUUCCGACAACCAUCAAACUGCCCAAGUCAAUCGAUGUGCCGAAUCUAUCCCCCGGUCAAGAUCUGCCAAUUGCACCGGAGUCGGAGGAGGAGUACCAGUUGCUCGGGUUCGGGAUUCGCACGGUGUCGUUUCUAGCUAUCCAGGUGUAUGUCGUGGGGUUGUAUGUUGCGAAAUCGGACAUUGGUGCGUUGCAGCAAGCUCUUGUGCAGACGGGGGUGCAACCGCCGGGACAUCUCGCUCAGCAAGGAGGUACUCUUGCGGCAACAUCGCUUGUGUCGACGGAACGAGAGGCGCUGAAGAAGCUGCUCCUUGAUCCCGAGCAGGGUGAAGAGGCGUGGACAUCGAUUCUGCGGGAAAGCAAUAUCCGUACCGCAGUGCGCAUCGUCCCAACCCGCAACACGGAUUUCAUGCACCUACGCGACGCUUGGGUGCGGCACAUGACCAACCGGGCGCAGAAGGAGGCUGCGAGGGUGAAAGAGCUUAUAAGAGCAGGGGAGCCAAACCCACGACCAAGUGAGUUUGAGGACGAUCAGUUUGGCCAAUCAGUUAGUGAGUUCAAGACCUUGCUGGGCGGCGGAUCGCGGAAGAAUAUCCCCAAGGGACAGGUUCUGUUGCUUUUACGGGAUCAAAACGGCGCGCUUGAUGCGCUAUUCCAUCCUGACCCGAAACAAGCCAUUAAAUGGCUGGGGCGUGUGCCGGAUGAGCGGGUUAGUCGCUGCGUGUGGCUGAAUUAUCUUGCUGGCAAGACGGUUGCGAGUGAUGCGGCGAGACUGAGUAUUGUAGACGGAGUGAUGGGGAUUGUUGAGCGACCGGUGGGCACUGUCGUUCAAAAAGUGAUCUGAUUAGAAUGAACAUUGUACAGAUAUGUAAUAUAUUGAUCUACAAAAUUCUCUACUCUUGAAUAGCAUCAAGAAUCCAUCUACAUAUGUAUACAAUCAACUACAUGUAAGCAGUGA